GUGGUGGUUGGGAGCAGCGCGGUAUAUUGUGGGAGCUGUAGUUCCGGGCCUCUAGUUCCCAACAGCCCUCGCGCGGUGCGGGACUAUGGCGCCGACAAUCCAGAAUGCGCAGCGGGACGACGGGCACCGGUCCAAUGCACAUCGAGCAGCACCUGAAAGAUCCGGCGUUGUGUGCAGGGUGAAGUAUUGCAAUUCUCUGCCAGACAUUCCCUUUGACCCAAAGUUUGUGACGUAUCCAUUUGAUCCCAACAGGUUUGUACAGUAUAAAGCUACCUCUCUUGAAAAACAGCACAAACAUGAGCUGUUAACUGAGCCAGAUCUUGGAGUCGUGAUUGAUCUCAUCAACCCUGAUACGUACCGGAUCGAUAACAAUGUCAUCCUCGAUAUUGCAGAUGAGAAGUUACUAGAAGAAGAAAUUCAGGCACCAUCCAGUUCAAAAAGGUCGCAGCAGCACGCGAAGGUGGUGCCAUGGAUGAGAAAGACUGAAUAUAUCUCCACAGAGUUCAACCGAUAUGGCAUCUCUAAUGAGAAACCUGAAGUCAAGAUUGGUGUGUCUGUCAAACAGCAGUUCACAGAGGAGGAGAUUUACAAGGACCGAGACAGCCAAAUCGCAGCAAUUGAAAAGACCUUUGUGGACGCGAAUAAAGAGGUCACCCAACAUUACAGUAAGCCUCGGGUUACCCCUGUGGAAGUCAUGCCCGUGUUCCCUGAUUUUAAGAUGUGGAUUAACCCAUGUGCACAGGUCAUAUUCGACUCCGACCCAGCACCUAAAGAGAUCGCAGGCCCAGGUGCUGUGGAAAUGAUGUCCCAAGCUAUGAUCAGGGGUAUGAUGGACGAAGAAGGAAACCAGUUUGUGGCUUACUUCCUUCCAAAUGAGGACACCAUACGGAAACGGAAGAGAGACAAUGAGGAAUGCAUUGAUUACAUGCCUGAGGAUGUGUACGAGUAUAAAAUAUCCAGAGAGUAUAACUGGAACGUGAAGAACAAAGCCAGCAAAGGUUACGAGGAAAACUAUUUCUUCAUCUUCCGCGAUGGAGAUGGAGUUUACUACAAUGAGCUUGAGACCAGAGUGCGCCUGAGCAAGCGUCGUGCGAAGGGAGGUCACGGAGUUCAGUCAAACACCAACGCGGUGUUGGUGGUAAAACAUAGAGACAUGAAUGAGAAAGAGCUGGAAGCACAGGAAGCCAGGCGGGCUCAGCUGGAGAAUCACGAGCCAGAGGAUGAAGAGGAAAUGGACCAUGGAACAGAGAUCCCGGGAUCAGAAGAUGAAAAAGACAAGGAGAGUGGCAGUGAGAAGGCAGACAGUGCGGACGAGCACUCAGCAAGUGAAAGUGAACGGGAAGAGGACAAGGAGGAAAAAGCUAGCAACAAGAGUGGGAGCGAUGCGGAAAGCAACAGUGGGGACGAGCGGCAGGCUCGCGAGGCCCGUGAUGAGGAGGAAAUCUUUGGUAGUGACGAUGACAGUGACAACGAGGAUCAGCAGAAUGAGAGUGGUCGGGAGGAGAGUGGCAGUGACGAUGAGCAGCAGAGUGAGGAGGAAGAGCGCAGAAGCCGCAGCAGGAGCGCAUCCAAUAGCGGCAGCGAGCAGUCUGACAAUGAGAACCAACAUGCUGCACAAAGUGGCAGUGAGCAGGGUACGGAUUCGAGCGAGAAUGAGGGGAGUGGCAGCGAGAGUGACUGAAAAGAGUUCAGCCCUCUACUGGCUGGCUGUGGUGGGUUCGAAUGGAUUGGGACAUCAUCUUAUAGAUUCACUGAUAAUUUGGGAUAUCAGUGACCCUCCCCUCCCCUCUCUAUCUGUUUAUGCACUUGGUGAGUAAAGAUAGCACAGUUCUGUAUGUUGAAGCCUCGAGCACUGACCCAGGUACAUAGCAGAUGUGCAAGAUUUUAACACUUGGCUAACUGCUGUUGUUUAAGCUCAUUUUUAUAAGCAUUUGUAUAAAAUUGCAACAUUCUGUGACAUCCUUAAAUAGAGAAUAAAAACCCAUUGUGUUAAACCUGACACUGUGGGGGCGGGGUGACAGCGGAAUGUGCACAGUUAAAAUACAAAAGGAGACAUUUGGGGACCUGAGUUCCCAGUUUCAGACCAGACACUGCAUUUGAGAAUUGAAAUAUUCCUGUUGGCAAGAAGCUCAUCUACUUUUGUACUAAAUUUUCUGAAAUUUGUACAGUAUGGAACUUUGUGGAACAGUUUUAGUGCUGAUUCCAAUUCUGGAUGUGAUUGGAACAUACUUGUCGCAGGUUCCGGGCUUGACCUGAUUGUUACGUUUUAUGAUUGGGUUAAAAAGAAUGCUCCAUUUA